GACCAUUCGCACGCUGGGCCCCACCGUGGAUAAGGCAUGCCCAACCAUCGCCCAGAUUGCAUGUUCGCAGCUCUAGGAUUCUCCUGAGAGAUCGGCCCUUGUCUUCGAGAAGCUUACUUUACGAAUAAUAUCCCCUCGAUGGGAUAAUCCUAACCUUUCAAUUUCUUAGCUUGGAAAUACUGCAUCAGUCCGCAAAGAACUAAAACAGCCCCAAAUGGGUGGCUAGGAUCCUCCAAUCUCCGUGAUUUUAGGGUCCUAUUUCAACAACCCAAGCCACUGGCAGUUUGCAGGCAUUGGAGAGAAGAAGAAAGGAUUUAAGUUCAUGUUAACCUCUAGAGUGCACAAACAUAAGCUCAAUCAAGAAAGCUUGAGGUGAGCUGGGCUUCAACCUGAGACCUCAUCAUUGAUCCAAAUGCUGUGUACCAUUUCAUCUAUGGGCUCGGACCAAAGGAAUCCCAUUCUUACCGGAUCCUUGCUAUAGGCUCGGCAUGUAAUAUUUGCAUUUCCAUAUCCAUUGUCAUGUUUACUAACGACCGGAGGCAAGUAGAGCGGACAGGGAAAUAUGGCACUCCCAGGGUGCAAUACCUUCAGGAGUUGGUGACUGAGUUUCAAAAUACUACUGAUGAAGAGUCGAAGGAGAGAAUUGUUGCUCAUUUGGCUAACUUUGCAUAUGACCCGUACAAUUAUACCUUUCUGCGCCAGCUCAAUGUCUUGGAACUGUUCCUAGACUGCAUGACAGAGCCAAAUGAGAAACUUGUGGAAUUUGGUGCUGGUGGGAUUUGUAACUCUUGCGUUGACUCAGCAAAUGCUUCAAUUAUCAUUCAAUGUGGCGGGAUUCCUUUGAUGAUACAGUGCUUAUCAAGCCCAGUCAGAAACACUGUGAAUUCUGCUCUUGGAGCUCUUUACUAUCUGUGCAAUCCGGCCACCAAAGAAGAGAUCUUGAAACCAGAAGUUGUUGAGCUUAUCAGAAAGUAUGCUGCAGCUGAAGCUGUUAGUGUUAGUUUCAGCAAUCUGGCCAAGGCAUUCUUGGACAAGCAUGUCUGCAGAUGAAUGAGUACGAAAGCCUAUAAGAGGGUCCUUGAAAUGACUUCCAUCUUGGCCAAUUGAGUUGUGGAAGGCCAUGGACCAUGGGUCAUAGAUCAAGUCCCAAAGGCAUUUUAGGUCCACUAUUGGACAGCUCAUGGUGCAUGCUCCUAAUCCAGCCAGAUGUGUUUAUUAGCCUUUGGAGGGAAUGGCUCAUGUCGUUAGAGGCAUCACUGCCAUAGAUUACUUGGUAAAGCCCUUGUUCAUAUUUAACAUUUGUAUCAUUGAUCACCCCUCGUCAGCUUUCGCGGUGUCCAGAUGCAAUUAGACCCUGGGAGAAAUUGUGGUCCAUUCAAGAUGCUAGAUAUAUUUAUGGUAGCCUAGGCAAAGGUCUAUCAAACGACCUGUAUAUGUUUUACCUGCACAGCACAGUCAAUGAGGUGAGCAGGCACAAGCAAUGGAUGGCCUUAGCAUGUGGGGUCCAUGUGGUGAGUAGCAGGUGCACAUGUAUUCAAGCAUGCUUAUGCCUCGUCCAUGUACAGCCCAUGGAUCGACCGUUCAUCAUGACCAGCAUGACAAAUAUCACUAUAUUUGUGAAAAACUAACGACAAUAUUAUCGUGAUAGUACUGCAAGAUUUUCAAAAUAUCGUCCCUUUUCCA